CGAAAUAUGGCGGCCCAAGUCUGACGAAAACUAUUGAGAUCUGCCCAUAUUUCGACAAAAAUAGCUAAGGACUGUUUGGCGUUGAGGAGGUCGAGAAACCAGUCUCCGAUCAUCUGGGUUGUGCAGCCAAUCAAUGGUCAACAUGGGCAGGACCCCGCUUAAAGAUCAGAAAGAGAGUAAAAAGGAGAAACCGGGAAAGAGUACUCCUGCCGCAAGCCCUCCACCUGUCAAAGUCCCAGAGUCCUCCUUCACCUGGGAGGAGUACCUGAAGGAAACCAACUCCGUUCCAGCACCCCCAAGUUGCUUCCGACAGUCCAGCGCCCCCCCCAGCAAUGACUUCAAGGCGGGCAUGAAGCUGGAGGCGCGCGACCCGCGCAACUCCACCUCCGUCUGCAUCGCCACGGUGAUGGGCAUGACGGGCACGCGGCUCCGCCUGCGCCUGGACGGCAGCGACAACACCAACGACUUCUGGCGCCUGGUGGACUCGUCCGACAUCCAGCCCAUCGGCACCUGCGAGAAGAACGGCGACAUGCUGCAGCCGCCACUCGGAUUCAGAAUGAAUGCUUCCUCAUGGCCCAUGUUCCUCCUAAGAACCUUAAAUGGAGCAGAGAUGGCCCCAGCCACAGCCUUCAAGAAGGAACCUCCAAAGCCGACCCAAAACGCCUUUAAGGCUGGGAUGAAACUGGAAGCCGUGGACAAGAAGAACCCCUAUCUUAUCUGCCCAGCCACUAUCGGGGAGGUCAAGGCAGAGGAGGUCUUCAUCAUGUUCGAUGGAUGGCGUGGCGCUUUCGACUACUGGUGCCGAUACGAUUCGCGAGACAUUUUCCCUGUCGGAUGGUGUGCACUCACAAAACACAGUCUGCAACCGCCUGGCAAUAGUGUGACCCCUCAAAAGCAGCCCAUCCCCUCUGCAUCGCCCGCCAAGCCGCCCCGCCGCUCCAUGCAGACGUCUCUGUACCGGCUGCCCAACCCGCUGCCACCCUUGCCAGUGCGCAAGGGGGUGCGCGGGCGCCGGCCCAAGAGCGAGACCAUCGCCCUGCUGAAGGCAGUGGCGGCGGCCGCCGCAGCACAGAAUGGGCAGCAGGACGAGGACAUCAAAGUCCCCAUCACCCCUCAGCUGGCCCCCAGGCCCCACAAGAAGAGAGGCCCCAAGCCGGGCAGUAAGCGGAAGCCCAAGAUCCUCCACGCCACCUUGUCGACGUCCACCGCUGAUUCCAGGUUUGCUGGUGGUCCGAUGUCCCCUGAUGGGCCGAACCUGGGCUCAGGUCCCUCCGUGGUCUCCACAGUCUGCGUGUACGUCAACAAGCACGGCAACUGCGGGCCACACCUGGACAGGAAGCAGGUCCAGCGGCUGCCUGACCACUUCGGGCCCGGCCCGGUCAACGUCAUCAUGCAGCAGGCAGUGCAGGCGUGCGUGGACUGCGCCUACCAGCCCAAAGUGCUGCUGGGAUGCCUGCAGGGCCACUCGGACGGAGAGGAGGUGGUCAAAGUUAGGACAGACGGAGGCACCCGCACUGUGAAGCUGCCCUCGGCCUCUAGCGCCUCCUAUGUACUGCGCUUCCUGGAGAUGGUCUGCCGCCACCUGCAGUGUGACAACCUCUUCAGCAGCCAGCCCUUCAACCCCUACGCAGCCGCCGCCUACGACCGCAGCAAGUCAGUCAAAGAGGAGAUGUCCGAGGCGCCGUCGUUAAAUCGACCCGGCAAACGCAUCUCCAGAGACUCCCCUCCCUACGCAGCUCCUCUCUCCCCCAAGCUACUGCGCACAGAGGCCCACCCAUCAGAAGCAGAGACUCUGCCGCACGAGGAGAACGGCCUCCUGAAGGAGCAGCGUUUCAUGGACUCCGCCUCCAACUCCAUGACGCCCCGCCCCCAGACGCUGCGCAGCUCCUCGGAGUACCACCCCCCGCCCAGCAGCCCCUACUACCCCGGCCCGCCCCUGCGCAGACACUCGUCCAACCCCCCCGACCUCACGUCCGCGCGCACCCACAGACGAGUGGAGGCAGCCAGUUCCACCACGGGGCCUGAGCCCCAGGCGGGGGACAGGGAGGCCCCCCGGGGGUCCCACCGGAGCCCGUCCACCUGGUCCAUAGAGGAGGUCAUGCAGUUCGUGUGCAACGCCGACCCCACAGCACUGGCACCGCACGCAGAGCUCUUCAGGAAGCAUGAGAUCGACGGGAAGGCACUGAUGCUGUUGCGGAGCGACAUGGUGAUGAAGUACAUGGGCCUGAAGCUGGGCCCGGCGCUGAAGCUCUGUCACCACAUCGAGAGACUGAAGCAAGGGAAGCACUAAACCCCCUCCCCCUCCCCCUCCUCCUCCUCCUCCUCCCCGCCCCACCCCGCUGACAGACUGGACGAAAGAGGCAAUAUACAAAGAAACUGCAGCAGACUGCGAUCGACUGAAACCCGGAG